AUGUAUGUAAAAGGUACUUAUAAUACGACAGCCGAUGAUGCCAGAACAACAUGGGACUUAACAGGGCAUGUAAUAAACGAUACAUGGAUUGUAGAACGUUUCCGUGUUAUACCGACAAUUAGCAAGUUUGAAAUAUAUUUCGACGAUAUAUUAGAGGGCAAAGAAUUAAAUGAAAUUGUCGUAAAUUUUGUAAAUGAAUUUUGGCCGCCAAUAUAUCGAGCAAUAUUACCAACAGCAGCUGAUGCAUGGGAACCUUGGUUGGUUAACUUUGCCAAUAGUUUUUUCUCAAAAGUUUCGUUCUCAGAAAUAUUUCCAUAAAAUAUAAUUAUUAUACGUUAAUAAGGUGCUAAUUUUUUAGUGCAAAUAAAAACACAUUUUACAUAGUUUUGCAAGAAUAAUAAUUUGUAUUUGCUAAAGAUAUGUUUCUGAGAGUACAUCGUUUAAAUUUUGUUUUUUAACUACUUGUAAUCAAAAUUAAUAAAUUAAUUAAAGUAUUAAUAA